AUGGGUAGAGAACUUCAACGGUGUCUUGCUUCCAUUACAGAUGAGCAAAGAAAGGUUUAUGAUGUAGUCAUGGAUGUUGUAUCCAAUGACCGUGGUGGAAUAUUCUUUCUAUAUGGCCAUGGUGGAACGGGAAAGACAUUUCUAUGGAAAACUCUUUCGGCUGCAGUUCGUUCGAAGGGAGAGAUUGUAACUAAUGUUGCAUCGAGUGGUAUAGCAUCGUUAUUGCUCCCCGGUGGAAGAACAGCUCAUUCUCGAUUCGAACUACCCAUAAAUGUACAUGAGAGUUCCACCUGCAGCAUAUUCGCAACAAAGUCCAUAGGCGGAGUUGCUCAUGAGGGAAAAGCUUAUUAUAUGGGACGAGGCUCCUAUGAUGCAUAG